AUGGCCAAGAUGCGGGGCCCUCGAUACAUGUCCCGCAUUCACGUGAUCGCGUGUCUGACCCUCUGGUCCCGGGCAGCGCGCAACCCGGGUACCUUUAGAUACAUUUCCUGCAUCUCCAACUCCACAGCCCUUGUACGGCAGCCCGGUGUAGCCAGUCUUCGUGGUGCGUGGGCUUUUGGGACCCCAACGUCGACUUUUGUCUAUACUGCGAUAUUCGCCGCUGGUCUUGCAAUCGAUGCAAAGGCAAAGAGAGAUAGGAGCGAACAAUGGGACUUGGCAUUUGCUUUGUUGCGGGAAGAGAUGGCGAAGCCAUCCCAUCCCACGCCUCGAUUUGAAACACUUGAUCCGACUGUCGAUGCCAUGAUCUCCACAGAACAAGAAGUGGUUGAAGAUAUGAGCAUAGGGGUACCGGGCUAUAUCAGGCCCGAGGAAGUAUGGCCAGAAGGCGUGGAUUGGCCUUUCAUCUACCGAAUCGCUGGCACGGAGCUUAUUGAUGACCCUGUCCUGCUGCAGCGUCAAUCUCAGAUUGACUUCCAGGGAAUCGCGGAAGACCUAUGGAAGCUCCUUUCGUUCGACUCAAGGAUGCCAGGGACGCAAGCUAUUGAUUGGCCUGUCAGCACAGGUCCGGACUUAGUCCGCCACCAUCUGCCUCCACAGUCGUUGUGGUCUUAUGAUCACGUCCGAGAGAAGGCUCUGAGGAGAAGGCACACUUGGAAGAAGGUGGCAAUUCAAGAACUUGCUGUUGGCAUACUGAUUCAUCGAUUACUUGCGGCUACUCAAGCACAUCAACUACCGCACCAUGUUCUCCAAACCCUACCACAAUCUAUUCUUGAAGUCGCCAAGCUUGACGAGAUUGAACACCAUUCUAUUGAGAGAGAAAUGUUGCAACACAUGCGGGGAUUGCACAAUAUGCCUGGCGAGCUUUCCGCCGAGAAGAUUCUGGAAGCCAAGUCAUUCUUAAAAUAUUCUGCAACACCCGAGUUCCAUCAAGACGCUGAUGGAGACUUUUACUACAUUUGCCAGCAAAUGAACACAGCCAUAAAACAACUCCUCUUUGAAACAGACCCGCAUGGCUGGCAGAUUCCAAAAACUAUUGCUAAAUUGUGCCACAAUUUUCUUGUUUCCUCCGCCGCUCCCGACGUCCAGACAUUUAAUAUUCUUCUUGCUGGCCUUCAACGUUGGAAAAUGCCCGAUAUGGUCGAUAUAGUUAUACAGGCCUUUUAUGAUUGUAAAAUCCGCCCAAAUGAGAUCACAGUCUCCAUGAUACUGGAUCAUUACAUCCAGUCUAAUAGCCCGACGGAGUUUAGCAAGUUCGUGGCUAAAAUGCGAGGCUUCGGCGGGGCCUUGAUGUUAGCAGAUCCUGGCAUCACCAUCAAUGAAGCUGGCGGCGGUCGCCUUGUCAAGAUAGACGACCGGAAAAUCUAUCAAAAGGUUUUCCCUACGCCUUUAGUUUUUAAUACCCUCAUGCUCGGCGCACUUAGAUUUGGAGGUUUGGAGCGGUCCCUCGAGAUAUACUACGAGAUGAAGCAAGACGGCUGGGGGCUCGAUGUUAUGGGCCUCAACCAUUUCCUCACAGAUUGUGUGCUCCGCUGCGACUGGGACAACGGCCUCUAUAUUUGGGAGGAAAUCAACAGCAUCAAGACGACAGCAAAUAUGAGUCACUUGGCAGUCGCCUACUCCACCAUGCUGAGUCUAUGUUCCGUCACACGCAAUUCUGCCGCGUUUAACCAGGUCUUAACUGAAAUCGCCCGUCGAGGGUUCGAUCGCAAAAGGAUCCUUGAAUCAGCUAUGGCAAUGGCGCAUAAAGCGCAGGAAGAGCAGGAUAUUGCAGCCCCCCCUCAGACAGCGGACAACGUACUCAUUGCGAUCUCUGCAUAUAUGGAUGAUGUGGGUCCGUCUCAGUCUCAAUCCCAAACUUCAAGAGAUAUGUGUGACAGCACUCUAAAAGAGGUUGCCUCACCUAUAGAGGAACCCGAGGAGGCUUGGGCCUCCUGGCUUGAACAUGAGCUUGGGGGAAACGUCACACAUGGGUCUAACCAGCUAUCGGAUCCUAGUCGGUUGGAAGGGACCAGCCACCCGAAAAACGCAAAAAGGAAACAGAUGUGA